AUGACAACGCAAAGCGAGAAAGAGACGCGAUAUCUCUGCUCCAUUUUCAACGGUCUUACUCAUAUAAUACGGAGUCCAGAAUUUUGUGAGGAAUGUGCUAAAUACAAUUUGGUCGUUUUUGACAACUUCCAGCAUGUUGACAAAACGCAACUGCCUCAAGGUUUGACGAACAGACCUGUAAUAUUGAAGGAUAACUGGACGUUUACCAUAGUAGCUAGUGGGUAUGUUGCUCCACUACCGAUAUUACGACGGCCAUCAUAUACAGAAAAUACAUGGACUGUGCCCAUUAAUAGUGUGUUGUUGCACGGCGUAUUCAAGGACAUGGGCUGGCCCAGUAUACCGACAACAGAGGGUCUAGGAACGUUCUUACAAUAUAUCGAUUGCUACUCUGAGUUUCCUGGCGUAGGGAAGAUACUCGUUGAUCUGGAUAAUGUUGUCUACGUAUCGGCUCAAAGCUGCAUAGUACCUGCUUGUCCAAAGCAGAACAAUCAAACAGAUUUUCACUUCCAAGCCUUUCCUCAUCCACGACUGCAAAGUGAAGCCAUAUUAUCUAUCGUCAGUACACACGAAGGCACUAGCAUACAAUUACUCGAUGUUGAAGAUGACAUGCAACGCAGCCAAGGUGGUGGAUUUUGUGUUCUACGCAAUCAUAGACGGGAGGCAAGAUCUUUUACAAGUCCGAUCCGAAGUCUGGAAAAUAGUAAUUUGCUGGAAAGUUUUGUCACUUUAAUCCAGAUACCGUUGGUUUACGAGGGAAAUCGUCCUAAACCGGCAACCAUAGUACGUCCAGGAAUAUUCCCUGAAUUGGCCAAUAAAACAGGAUAUAGGAGAGAUCCUCGGCUGCCGAUUCACGUCACGAUCCAAUUUUAUGGCAUGACCGUCAAUGGACAAACAAGUUCAGAGCAUCUGUCUAUUCUUAGUAAUUGGAUGUAUGCAGCACAGCAAGCACGAGAGAGUUUUUGGGAGGAAUGGGCGAGUUACUGGGGGCGCAAAAUGCAAGAAGUACAAAACAACGGCUGGGAGAGACUCACCGCAAGUCAACCUUCUGAUAUGCGUUCCCUGCUGAAAAGGGACAUGAGUUGGAUGCCCACAAACCGAUAA